AUGAUUGUGGACUUCAGGAAGAGCACUGUCCCCCCGCCCCCACCCUCCGUGAUGGACUCCCCCAUCACCUCUGUGGAGUCCUUCCGUUUCCUGGGCACCACCAUCACCCAGGACCUCAAGUGGGAGCCGACCAUCAGCUCCUCAUCAAGAAGGCCCAGCAGAGGAUGUACUUCCUGCGGCAGCUCAGGAAAGCCAAGCUGCAGUUCUACACGGCCAUCAUCGAGUCCAUCACCUCCUCCUCCAUCACCUCCUCCAUCACCUCCACCAUCACCUCCUCCAUCACCUCCACAUCACCUCCACCAUCACCUCCUCCAUCACCUCCACCAUCACCUCCUCCAUCACCUCCAUCACCACCUCCUCCAUCACCUCCUCCAUCACCUCCUCCACCACCUCCUCCAUCACCUCCUCCAUCACCUCCUCCAUCACCUCCUCCAUCACCUCCUCCAUCCUCCAUCACCUCCUCCAUCACCUCCUCCAUCACCUCCUCCCAUCACCUCCUCCAUCACCUCCUCCAUCACCUCCUCCAUCACCUCCUCCAUCACCUCCUCCAUCACCUCCUCCAUCACCUCCUCCAUCACCUCCUCCACCACCUCCUCCAUCACCUCCUCCACCUCCUCCCUCCAUCACCUCCUCCAUCACCUCCUCCAUCACCUCCUCAUCACCUCCUCCAUCACCUCCUCCAUCACCUCCUCCCUCACCUCCUCCAUCACCUCCUCCAUCACCUCCUCCAUCACCUCCUCCAUCACCUCCUCCAUCACCUCCUCCAUCACCUCCUCCAUCACCUCCUCCAUCACCUCCUCCAUCACCUCCUCCAUCACCUCCUCCAUCACCUCCUCCAUCACCUCCUCCAUCACCUCCUCCAUCACCUCCUCCACCACCUCCUCCAUCACCUCCUCCAUCACCUCCUCCAUCACCUCCUCCACCACCUCCUCCAUCACCUCCUCCAUCACCUCCUCCAUCACCUCCUCCAUCACCUCCUCCCUCACCUCCUCCAUCACCUCCUCCAUCACCUCCUCCAUCACCUCCUCCAUCACCUCCUCCAUCACCUCCUCUACCACCUCCUCCAUCACCUCCUCCAUCACUCCUCAUCCUCCUCCAUCACCUCCUCCUCACCUCCUCCAUCACCUCCUCCAUCACCUCCUCAUCACCUCCUCCAUCACCUCCUCCAUCACCUCCUCCAUCACCUCCUCCAUCACCUCCUCCAUCACCUCCUCCAUCACCUCCUCCAUCACCUCCUCCAUCACCUCCUCUACCACCUCCUCCUCCUCCCAUCACCUCCUCCAUCACCUCCUCCAUCACCUCCUCCAUCACCUCCUCCCACCUCCUCCUCCUCCAUCACCUCCUCCAUCACCUCCUCCUCAUCACCUCCUCCUCACCUCCUCCAUCACCUCCUCCAUCUCACACCUCCCUCCACCUCCUCCAUCACCUCCAUCACCUCCUCCACUCACCUCCUCCAUCACCUCCUCUCACCCUCCCUCACCUCCUCCUCACCUCCUCCAUCACCUCCUCCAUCACCUCCUCCAUCACCUCCUCCAUCACCUCCUCCACAUCCCAUCACCUCCUCCAUCACUCCUCUCCUCCAUCACCUCCUCAUCACCUCCACCUCCUCUCCCUCACCUCCUCCAUCACCUCCUCCAUCACCUCCUCCAUCACCUCCUCAUCACCUCCUCCAUCACCUCCUCACCUCCUCCAUCACCUCCUCACCUCCUCAUCACCUCCUCCAUCACCUCCUCAUCACCUCCUCCAUCACCUCCUCCAUCACCUCCUCCAUCACCUCCUCCAUCACCUCCUCCACCACUCCAGAGCCUGUACUGGUCCUGGCACCUGCAUCAUCCCAAUGGGAUCCAUCUUCUCUCCCACACGGAAGAAGAACACACUGCAGUCGGAGCUCUGAGGAGGAAGAAGGACGAGGAGGAGGACGAGGACAAGAAGGGGGAGGACGAGGAUGAGGAGGACGAGGAGGACGAGUAG